CGCAACUUUACACAAAAGACCAGCUGCAUCACCUGCCCAUCAUGGGCUGCGCAUGCCGGGUCACGCCCUUGCGGAUAUUUAUCCAAGGGCUUUCUCAAGUCCACAAGAUUGAGACUCCUUCCUCCUUCCUCCGUCUUCGUGCGCCUCCUACGUCUGCUGCGCUUUACCGCAACCAGCUUUUGGUCGCGCGACCACUCCAUGGCUCACGACACUUGAACCAAGAGCAGGGUGCCGGCGUUGUCCCGUCGCCGCCAGCUGGGGCAGAACCUGAAGGUGCUCAAGCUUCGACCGACGAAUCCUCCUCAGCGAACGAGAACCGCAGCGGGGCUGUAGAGCCUGCAGCAGUUACCGAACGUGCGACUCUUGUUGAACCCUCCACAACCGCAGACCCCGCGACAACUCCUGCACCUGCGACGACAGUUGGGCCUCCAACGGCCGAUACCCCUGCCACAACCGCUGAACCUACGACGGGAACUGAAUCGCUUAAGACCAGCGAACCAAUCGAGGCCAAUCAACCAGCCGAUCCCGACCAAGCAGCUGAGCCCAGCCAACUCAAUGAGACCAUUGAGACGUCCAGGCAAAAACCAAAGUCUCUCAAAUUCAAGGCCAAGGAGAACGAAAGGUCUAGAGGCGACGGCCAAUUUAGAGGCGAAAGCAAAUUCAGAGGAGAGAAUAAGUUUGAGAGCGAGAACAAAUUCAGAGGCGGGAAUAAGUUCAGAGAUCGACACAAAUCCGGAGGCGAGAACAAUUUCGAAGGCAGGUUUAAGGACAAACCUUGGAAAUCGAACAUCUACCGAGACAACAAGAUCGACGACAAGCCAUGGAGAAAUAGAGAAGAUGGCCCGCGAGGCUCAAGACCCCCCAGGGAAUUCAAGUCCAACUCUGCCUCGUCUGAGCCCAUCGUCGGCCCCUCACCUUCCGACCCAGCACCAGAUGUCCCCACUUGGAAGACCCAGAAGGCGGCUCUAAAGGAAAAAUUCCCAGACGGCUGGCAGCCUCGCAAGCGCCUCUCUCCUGACGCGCUGGCCGGAAUCCGCGCUCUAAAUGCGCAGUUCCCCGACACAUACACUACCUCAACCUUGGCUAGCAGGUUUGAGGUGUCGCCCGAGAACAUCCGCCGCAUUCUCAAAAGCAGUUGGCAACCCUCAACUGAUGAGGAGAAGGAUCGCCAGGACCGAUGGUUCCGUCGUGGUAUGAAGGUCUGGGAUCAUCAGGCCGCGCUGGGCAUGAAGCCGCCUCGCAAGUGGCGUCUGGAGGGCAUCAACCGUGACCCGAGCUACCACGUCAAGCGCCAGGGAGCUAUCAGGCGGAAUCGCCAAUUGGAGGAGCAAGAUGAUCGAGAGAUCAGGGCUAAGCUGGGGAGACCGGCUACACGCAAGACACCCCGAAAAUGAUGAGUGUAUUACUAGAAAAUCUCCAACUGCCACAUAUAGAAUUGGCUAUGCCGUCAUGUACCACAUAUCUGUAUUAUCUACUCUACUACUAAAUGCACAUUAACGAAGCGUCUAAUUUUAGAAGAAAUUUAUCGCCUUGCUAAGAAAA